AUGCACGACGUCGUUGGCUGUUUGUCGUGGCUCUUGUAUCCACCCCGUCCCGGUUUGGACGUCGUCACUAUAUUCAGCCACAUUCUCGUCACCUUGUCGUUUUGUCUUUCGUAUGUGCAGGCUUCAGCGAUCGUAGUUCUGCGUUCGGUCUUGUCCACGGACCGUCGUCUGGUCGCCUUCAAUAUGUGCUACCUCCUCGUUUGGGUUGUUGUUCUUGGGCUUCUCGCACUUCACGCUCUGCGGCCAGGCAUCAUCCCAUGGGCCCGACUGAUGGGUGCUGAGUUCCGGCAUCGACGCUUUCAUGCCUCUCAGCUUCGUGCCGACAGACUUGCGCGUCACCUCCGCUGCCCGACUGAUUCUACCCGCCGACGUUGCGAACGCUUUUUGGCCGCCCGUGGCGAUCAGGUGGCUCCCCUCUUGCAUGGCAAUCGUGCUCAGCGUCGCCAGUUGGCCUUCGGCCAUCGUCGGGCUUGCUCUCCACAGUUGCUCAGGGCUUGGGUAAUGGCGCCUGAACGCUCGUCGACAUGGGUCAUGAGCUCCAUCCGGAGUAUAACAUCGGCCAUUUGGUUUCUGCUCCGACUUCCUGUGCAUGAGAUCGUCCAUGGUUUCCUUCUGGUGGCCCGAACAGCUCUCCUACGAGCGUCUCUCCUCUAUGCUGUCACCAACAGGCUUGUUGUGUCGUCUCGCACCCCCGAGCAACCCUUAUGGACGCGUCAUUGCGACCUGCCCCCCCUCCCUGGUCGUAUAGGAGGGUCCGGCGAGGUCUCGGGACGCCCACUUGCUUCAUCUCGGCCCGAGAGUAUCUCCUCAGACUCCGACGACGAUGUGGCUGCUUUCGUGUCUUCAGAAUGGCUUGGACGCGGUCUCGUUUGGCACUCUGGACUUCCGCCAUACGUUCGUGCGGCCCGUAACCUCGCGCGCUGCAUACCAUCACGGGCAUUGCACUUUUUCAUACCGUCGAGCAACACCUCGGUUGCAGAAGUCCUAGCGGAUAGCACACGCUUUCCUGCUCUCGAGAGAUCAUGCGCCCCCCCGGUCUACACUAUGCAUCCGCCCAAUGUCUUAACAUGCCCACCUGCGUCCGACCGCUAUCGGGAUGAGCUUCACGCACUUCGCGCUCUCCUAUUUGCCUCUUUAUCCCACGAUACCUUACUCCGCUCGACCUUCGACGAUGCGUGGUUGAGUGGAGUCGGGUCCAUCACGUUCGCCUCUCAUCCGGAGGUCCACUAUCCGCUCUGGGUCGAACACUUGCUGGGAGAGGUGUCCAUCGUUGUCCCGAAGUACCACCGUUGGACAUAUGCUGUACAAUGGCUUUCGGCUGUCGAGGAUAUGCAUGCGGACGAUCGUACCCUCGCGCUCGUCGAGGGCUGUCGCGAGGUUCUCGACGCCAUUCCAUGGAUAGCCACCGCCCCCAAUCCCAGUCCUGCUGUACAGCUUACGACGGUGCACUUGGCCACGCUUCUCAGCCAUACAUGGGCCAACGAUGAGCAGCUCAACGCCGGAGCAGAUUGGAUCAUGCGACAUGGUGUACCUCGCGAUUCCCGGAUGCGUAUCGCGAACAGCAACCUGCUCGGUGCAUUACGACUUGCUCGUGCCCGCUCUGAGGUGUACGUCUAUCGUCCAUCGUCUAGUCUAGAUCGGGCUAUCCGCAACGGUUCGGUCGACACAUUGGAAAUCAUCGUUCAUACACACGAGGAGACCCAUUGGGCGGCCAUCACACUCGACCUCCACGACUUUACAUUCACGUAUCGUGAUGGGAAGUACUUGCGCGACACCGCGGCCCCGGACGACCUUCAACUUCUGCUCUGGUACCUCCAAAGCUUGAAUCCACGUUACGCUGGGAAGACCUUCCGACCUGCGUCUGUCAUGCACCACUCGCCGCGGCAACACGAUAGCCACUCAUGUGGUAUCAACCUCCUGUCCACCAUUCUUCACGACCACACAGAAGAAACAUACUACGGCUGGUCGCAGGAGUUCUAUGCUGCUGCGCGAUUGGAGUGGUUCCUUCGGUUGGCUGACGACUUCAUGCUCGCCGAUCACGAUUCUGACGACAGCGAUGGUUCAGACAGCAGCGAUUCAUCUCGUUCCGAGGACGGGGAUGACGAUGGGCACGACGGCGACGACGAGCUUGUUGUAGUGGAGCACCCUAUCAUGGACCCAAGCGAUUUUGACGGCGACGAUGCUCAUAGCAAUUUGGACGACGGUGACAAGGAUGACGACUUCGUCAUGGUUGAUGCUCCCUCUGAGGUCAAUCCGUGCCAACAAACACGUAGCGUCUCUCGCACCACCGACACUCGCAGUAUCGGCCUAGACGAAGUAGCUUCCCUAUUAGAGUUCGGUGCUCAGGCUGUCCGCUCAUCACCAUCUCGAGCGACUUCAACGACUUCAAGCUGUACUCGGACUGUCCCAGCACCAGCCAAGCGCCCCUUUUUGCCGUCGGCUGAAGGCUCGUGUUCUGAUUCAGAUACGGAUUCCGACUCGCGUGGUGCACGCCGCGCCCGCCCGCGUGGGGCCACUAGUUCUCAACGUGUUCGUACUGGCCGGUCCUCCUGGGUGUAUCAGAAGGAGUUGUCUGCAAAGUCCAAAGAAGCCGACUUCAUCGCGUCCAAGGCUCGUCUCGCGUCGUUCCGCGACAAGAUUCGUCUCGACGACAAGCUUGCCCUCUUCAAGGACGAUGACCUCAUGAGUGUUCGCUGCUCUGCAUGCGCGAAAUGGGUGAAAAUGCGCGUGCUCUUCGAUGUGCGACGGUGGAAGGAGCAUCGCCAGUCGCCUGCCUGUCAAGGUCGUUGUGCGACCGGCUUGCGCUCAACAUCGCUCAAGUCGUAUUUCUCGCCCACCUCCAAAACACAACCGCCAUCUCCGUCUCUCGUGCGACCGUCGGACGUGCACACUCGCCCGGCCACCAUUACACCUUGCCCCGGACUCCUCCGCACAUCAUCUAAGCUAAUCGAGCGCUAUCUUGCGCGUUCUUCGGUGGACGGUGGCGGGGCGCCUUCGCGCUCCCGGAUCGCCAGGGAGCUUUUCUACGUCGAGGACGGCGAAGACAAUCUCACCUGGUCAUCUCUGACACAACACGAGCGCGCGAUGGUUCUACGCCGCGAGUCUGUUCUUUUCAAGUGGCGCAACAACAGGACCGUGGGCGCUGUCUUUUCGACAUCGUGUGCAGGAGUUGCAUCGUCUUCGUUUCCGCUUCGACCCUGCGAAGACUGUCAUGCGCUGUGGCGUCUCCAUGGCUUCCAGGUCAUCGUCAAUCGCAAGAUGCCGGCAGAGGGAACAUGGAAGUUUACGCCAAAGGCAUACCGGAAUGGCGAGCUUGGAUCGAUCUACCUGAAGUACAAAGGUGUACGUGAGCUCAUUGAGACGAAUGACGGUGCCAACCCAUGGUUACGCUUCGCACAGAAUGCCUCCGCGGGUCUGUACAAGUCCCAUGAAGUUGUCCUGGGCCUGGUCAAGGCGAUGGUAGAGAAGGCAGACCGUGUACGCCUCGGAAAGCGCCACACCAAUAUGCACUACACGGAGGCGCUUGAUUCAUUCUGCAACGUCUUGCAGAGCAUCUCUCCGCGUGCUUAUAAGACCUUCCGACACGUCUUCGCCGGGCGGACUCCGAGCAGCAUGUCACAACAACGCGCCAAGCAACCACGCUUUGCGGCUGGCUUUUCGGCUGCCAACGUGCAGCGAGUCGUCGAGACCUUGCAGCGCUUAUCCUAUAACGGGCCUCUCGCACUCGCAUGGGAUGAUACCGAUCUCGAGAAGGCGCUAUCCGUAUGGCAAUCUUCGAAGGACGCGUGGACAAUCAUUGGUGCUGUACAAGGCUCUGUUGUCGUCAAGUCGGUCCAGGACGUCGACGCAUUCUUUGCCGAUCAGCAGAUCGAGCGUGCGAGCAAGCUCCGUAUUUGGACACUGUCAAUUCCGCUACCGAAAGUCCCCCCUAUUCUGGUCUGCGCUCUCGCUCAUGGCUCUCGAGACACGUCAGAGUCAUUACUAUCCAUGCACGAGCGGAUAUGUGCACUCCUCCAUGCAGUCAACAUUCAUCCCGUUUCCGCAGCUGCCGAUGGCGCUGAGACCGAGCGAAAGCUUCAGCGUCUCAUCUCGGCCUCUGCACACUCGGUCCUCCAAUUCACUAUCGGCAACGGCCUGGCUAUUGGUGCAGCCUCAUUCUCGAUACCGUGCUUCUACGGUCUGCCCUGCGUCCUAGUACAGGAUUCGAAGCAUGCUCUCAAGACCGCCCGGAAUCAACUCUUAUCAGGUGCCCGCGUUCUCGUCAUGGGAAACUUCCCUAUCCUGACCGCAAUGCUUGACGACUUCGCCGACCAUCCCGAUGGACCACUUCUUCAUCGCGACGUCUAUCGGGUAGACCGCCAAGAUGAUCGUGCGGCAGGACGUCUCUUCUCUUCAGACGCCUUGGCCUUCCAUCUCCGCCAUCACCCUGAGCAACCUGCUCUCUCCGUCUACCUCUUCGUCUGCGGGGAACUCGUUGAUGCGUGGCAAAACCGCUGCAUUGGUCACGUUGCGCGUGUACGCAUGGUUCUACGUGCUCGCCUCGUUCUCACCUCCUGGCGUACGCACGUCGACAGGCAUCCGGACCACAACCUGGCGACACAUUUCAUCUCUCGUGAAUCAUACGACAUCCUUAUCAUCCUCUGCCACCGACUUGUCGAGCUUAUCGUGGCCUACCGGUGUUUCUACGCUACGUACCCGCUCCUCCCGUGGCUGCACUCGACCGAAGUUUGCGAACAUAUCUUCGGGGUCCUUCGUCAGAUCAAGCCAGACUUCACGUACGCCGAUAUGCUGUACAUGGAGCCGAAGCUCCGCGCUCUGCUCAUGGGGGCUUUCGAAUCGUUAUCGUCUCAAGAGGCCGCCAACGAAGUUGCCGAGGGAUACCAUCACACGUACUUUCAGACAGACGAUAUAGAUCUCUGUGCACUCAUGCAAUGGCCCACCGACGAGCAACUGGACCUGGCAGCAAGUGAUGCUUUCGACGAUGCGGCGCAGCUGUUAUCAGCUGUUGGGCUUGAUAUCGUUCAACUUGUCCCGCACAACAACAAUGCAUCGUCGCAUCUCACGCAGCCGGCGAUUGCUAUGCAGCUCCCAACGCCUCUGGCUCCGCCGCCGGUCCCGUAUUCACCACCAUCUAAUGCCGCUGGGCCCACCAAUGAAUCUUUCAUGACCGAGCUCCUCCGCCUGUUGAAUGUCACGGACGUCCCAUCGGUAGUCGAGGACGAGCUAGAUGUGUACUCGGCUGCUCUUGCCGCAGACGAUGUCGGCAAGACCCUGACAAUCAUCUCUUUACCAGAUUCCUCGCCCGAUGAGGAAGUCAUCUUAAAGGGCGCUAUCGAGGAGGCUUGUGCUGAAGCAGCCGAUCCUCCGGUAGAUGCGGAUGUCUCCUCAUCCCGCCACACGACACCCCUCGUCGACUCGACUUCGCUAAGCAUCGUACGAAGCGAGAUGGUCUCGCGGCGUGCUCAGACUCAGAGCCUCGGAUUCACUGCGCUACGCCGACGUGGCGGCCGCGCAAGCACCAACGAGGAACGUCGAAUGGCCAACGAGCUGCGCACUACACGCGCGAGCAUUGUAGAUCGCGUAUCGGAGCUUAUGGACAAGCACGAGAAGACGACUACCGCAGGCGUGAACCGCCGCGUUCGUCACGCAGGCACGUACGCGGCGACAAAUGUCGAACCUUCGUCGCGUCGGCAGGAACGGAAGCGUGCCUCGCAAAAGGUUUCCGCCGAUGCUUUCAUGCGUCAUCGUAAUCAAGCUUUCCGCCCGUUACAGCACUUCCACGAGCAGAUGAUAUCUGGCAACGUCAACGACUUAUGGCCCCUUUGUGUCGAUGGCUUCAUCCUCGCCUUGCACUUUGCUCCUGGCACCAAUGUGCCCCAGAUCGCCUUCGGCCAAGUUAUAUCUAUGCACACGAACAGUGGGGCCCGUGGAGCGACGUACGAACCCAUCCACUCGACUUCCAGCAUUGGCUACCCAUCUGCUAUCGCCAUGCUUCUCUUCGCCCCCUCUCAUGGCCGCUCGUUCUCGUCCGCUGCGUGUCAGAGUCUCGACUGCGCCACUGUCCUGCGUCUCGACCGCGCCCAUGUUCUCUUCUCGCUUGCGAACUCACAUGCGUUCCGCAAGCAGGACAUCUCCGAGAACGGUGCUCACCCAGUGACUCUCGUCACUGUGGACGAUGCCACAGCAAACCUAAUCAGUGUGCUGCAGCAGCACAUUGGCGCUGUCGAGCAGGCUGUCGCGGCGUUAUGCUUCGCACUCAAGCCACCCAAGUCAUCGUAG